CCCCGCCUCUCUCCGGGUGAGGACUAGGGGCUGAGAGGCGGCGGCGCGUGCGCAACGUCGUUGAGGUCUCAGAGGGGAGCUUGCUUGUCUUGUCCCGUCCGAGGCGCCGUCCGUUCCGUGAGUGGUGGUGCGAAGAGCGCUGGGGGGUUGUGAUAGCGACGCACCCCGAUCCCUUCCCCCCCUCCCCCAGUGAGGAGCGAGUCUCUGGCUCUGAGGAGAGGCUGGGACCGCGCCCCCAUCUCCUCCCACCCGCCCUGCAGGGGGCUCUGCAGCCAUGGCAAUGACGGGUCCAACACCCUGUUCAUCCAUGAGUAACCACACCAAGGAGCGAGUUACAAUGACAAAAGUGACACUAGAAAACUUCUAUAGCAAUCUCAUAGCACAACAUGAAGAACGGGAAAUGAGACAGAAGAAGCUAGAAAAAGUGAUGGAAGAGGAAGGUUUAAAAGAUGAAGAGAAGAGACUCAGGAGGUCUGCACACGCCCGAAAGGAAACAGAGUUUCUUCGGUUAAAGAGAACAAGACUUGGUUUGGAAGAUUUUGAGUCCUUAAAAGUAAUAGGCAGAGGAGCAUUUGGAGAGGUGCGGCUUGUCCAGAAGAAGGACACAGGGCAUGUAUAUGCGAUGAAAAUACUACGCAAAGCUGACAUGCUUGAAAAAGAGCAGGUUGGCCAUAUUCGUGCGGAGCGGGACAUUCUAGUGGAGGCAGACAGUUUGUGGGUUGUGAAAAUGUUCUAUAGUUUUCAAGAUAAGUUAAAUCUGUACCUUAUCAUGGAGUUCCUGCCUGGAGGUGAUAUGAUGACACUGUUGAUGAAAAAAGACACGCUAACAGAAGAAGAGACUCAGUUUUAUAUUGCGGAGACUGUGUUAGCCAUUGACUCCAUUCAUCAGCUUGGUUUUAUCCAUCGGGAUAUCAAGCCAGAUAACCUCCUCUUGGAUAGUAAGGUACAAAUAUUGGAAAAGAAAAGGGAAAUGAGCAGUCCUGAUGCCUGUGUGUUCUGGUCCUCUUUAGCUUUCCAGAACAUGAAUUCCAAAAGGAAAGCAGAAACGUGGAAGAGAAACAGACGUCAGUUGGCCUUUUCCACUGUGGGAACUCCAGAUUACAUCGCUCCUGAAGUCUUCAUGCAGACAGGUUACAACAAGCUUUGUGAUUGGUGGUCACUUGGGGUCAUCAUGUAUGAGAUGUUAAUUGGUUAUCCCCCUUUCUGUUCUGAGACCCCUCAAGAAACCUAUAAGAAAGUAAUGAACUGGAAAGAGACUCUGACCUUCCCCCCGGAAGUUCCAAUCUCUGAGAAAGCAAAGGAUCUUAUUCUAAGAUUUUGCUGUGAAUGGGAGCACAGAAUUGGUGCACCUGGUGUCGAAGAAAUCAAGGGUAACCCCUUCUUUGAAGGGGUUGACUGGGAGCAUAUCAGAGAGAGACCUGCUGCAAUAUCAAUAGAAAUUAAAAGCAUUGAUGACACCUCAAACUUCGACGAAUUUCCAGAAUCGGAUAUCCUUAAACCAACAGUAGCCACAAGUAACCAUCCAGAGACUGACUACAAGAACAAAGACUGGGUCUUCAUCAAUUACACCUACAAACGAUUUGAGGGGCUGACAGCCCGAGGGGCAAUCCCAUCCUAUAUGAAAGCAGGAAAGUAGUGAACUGUGACCUAAGACUAUUUCUGAACCUUGGAUCUUGUUUCUCUGUACUGGGUUAAUGCCCUUAAAACAACUUACCUGAGGGCUAUGAACUCUUUGAAAAGUUUUUCAGGACACAAUAUAUUACACACCAUUGUUAUUUACUUGGAUUUGUUUCUUCCGCUCCAUUGAAAACUUCCACAAAACUCUAUCACCUCUGAUGCAGGCAGAUAUUUUUUUGCUGCUUCAGGAGCAAGCCUGUCUCUAUUUCCACAUUAAAUUCCUUGCUAGACUGUUCAGUCCAGUAGAAGAGGAGAGAGAGAAGAGCAUCUUUACUUUCUAACAUCACAAAGCAUAUGGUAUUCACAAAAUAUUUCACCAGUCCUGCAAUGAGUGAUCUACUCAGUCUGCCAGUUCUGCCAGCACUGUUUUCCUAAUGGCUAAGAACUGUAGCACACAGGAAAUAAAGCAAUAAUUAAGGCUUGAGAUAGACAAAACUGUCCAGUAAAUUAUCUAGUAGACGAACAAAACUUGUAUUGCCUUAACUGUAGUUUGUAGUGAUAUUUUUUUAUAACUCAGAAGCCUCUUUAAUAGCAUUUUUCAGCUCAAUCAGUAGCGUCAAGUUGUGGUGCACUUUACUUUUGGUACUAAGACAAUGACCCUCAAGCCAUUUAAAUAUUUUUCUAAAUUAAAAAAUUGUGUAGCACGUUUGCUUUUUCUGAGCAGUGACAGGAGAAAACAGGCCACUCAUCCUGGUAGAACUUACUCCAUGGAAGCUAACAGUUUUUCCAACUGUUGUAUUGAAGAACUUCCAACGCAAACAAAUGGCUAUUGUAGAUUAUUAGUAAACUAGCCAAGAACAGGAGUUGACCGAGAAAAGGAGUGGGUGGGGGUGGGGGCAUAGGAAGGGGAGGGAGGGAAAUCCAUUUAUCCUGAUUGCUGAUGGACCUCCUAUGUAUAAUAAGACAGGACAUGAGGUUUUCUGUUCUUGUUGCUGCCAUCUCUUGACUGCUUGUAAAAUCUGCCAGCCAUGAUCCGUUUCAAAGAUGAUAGUGCUAACUUGCUAGUGGCAUGGGGUACUGUCAAGCAGGAAGAUAUGGCAAAAAGUGUGAAAUUCUGCCUAGGGUUCCUCUACAAAUCCUUAUUCACAGUGGCCUUCUCAUCCUUAGUAUUUCAAAGUUCCUCUCAGUCCCAUGGCUAAGACAUCUGUACCCAGAGUCUUCCAAGGGGGUCUGAAAAUUCUGGUACAUGGGUCCUGCCGUGUCUCUCUUUGACUAAUUAUUGCCUAAUGUAGUUUAUGAAAGUGUAUUCCUUUAUAAUCAGGAUGCUCUCCAUGAGAGCCCCAAAGUGCCUUCCCUUGCCUGAGCACCUCUUGGAGCUGGAUCAAACUAAUUUGGAGGAUUCUUUCUCAGCUGAGCUCUUGAUAAUUCCUUUCCAUGUGCAGGAACACCACUUAGCUAUAAAAUAGGUGCAAUCAGUGCAUUCCUAGUGGCGUGUGAAACAAACAGAUCCACUCCCCCUUGUGGUGCUGGUCUUUAGUGUGUCACUAGAUUUUAAAUUAACGAGAUUUUUAACAAGUGCAUAUCAGUUUGAACAGUUUAAAUUCCUGCUACAUUAUAUUUUUGGUGCUGAACACUAAAAAUACCUAGCAUCUAAAAACAACUGUUUUUUAAAAGCUAGAUCAGUGUGUCAAGAUGACCUCGUGGCUAUGGUUUGGAUUUAGCCCUAGCUUUCUAGACUAAGAAAGGGAAGAAUCUGUGAUUGUAAUGUAGUAAAUUUUUUUUAAUGGCUGCAUUAGGGAAUAUUCCACUAAAUGUCUUUUGGAUUAAAGUGUCACAAAGGAAAUGUUGAAUGAAGGAUUAAUUUGAGUGCAAAUACUGUACAUAACAAGCUGAUUAAGAUUGUGGGUGACAACUUGUUAACGUCUUCUCCCUAGAUGCCAUAGCUAUGAGAGUGUCCAGAAACCCUGAAUCUGUGCUGUUGUAUUUCUGCGGAGUAGGAAUUGGUUCAGUGCAUUGCGGUAACAGUUUAAAUGCCAAAUUCUGCCAAUCCUAAAUUCAAGAGCAGUUUUUACUCUGACGACAGUGAUCUUUUGGCCCAUGGGAUUAUUCAUAGGACUACUUAAGCAAAGUAAAAUAAAGAUCAGGGUCUUUAUUUGCUAGCCAGCAAAGCACCCUUUUAUGCUACUAAUAGUUUUUUAAAUCAAGGACUGAUUAUUACAUUUUAGAUGUGGGUGACAGAGCAAUUUUACCACAUCUGAAAAUAUUGCUUUAUAAGUCAUUGGAAAGUUAAAAGCUCUUGGUCAUUUUUAACUAUUAAAUUGUUUUACAAUUCUUGCUUUAUUAAAAUGUGAAGAUCAAAACCCUUUUGAAGCUGUUACAGUUUCGGAGUAAAAGGUUUUGAGACAGCAGCUGCAUUGUUAACCCUUUAAUAAAAGGGACUGGUGUUUUUACAGAUACCAAAGAACAAGGGAGAGAACUAUACAAUUAUAGCUUGUAGGGGCUGGCUGUGAAAGUCUAUGAGCAAUACCUUGUUACAGAAAUUUCUAGUGCACAUGUGAUUUCUGAAUGCCUUCUGACCCCACACUCAGAUUGUCCAGUUGGGUGGUGUAUAUUAUCAUCCUUGAGUUAAAAAGUGAAGAUCUUCAAAGGCACAAGUGGCUCUUAAGAACCUAACUUCUGUCAACUUUCAAUGGAAAUUAAGUGCCUUUGAAAAUCUCCCCCUGAAUGUGAAACCUGUCAGUCCUCCCUUCUAAGUGACAAUUUUCCCCUUACAACAGAUGCGUCAUAAGUCUGCCUUUUUGCUACAGGUAUUUUUUAUCAACACUAGAAAAACAGUACUGUGUAAUAUUUCCAGGAUCCACACUUCACUGCUGUCAGAAUAAGAAUUUUGUACUUUUUUUCUAGAUAUGCUAGCCAAACAUUUUUAGUAAGUUAACAAGUUACCAGCCUUGUGUAUGUUCUCAUUAGCUGAUAAAUGGAGGUAAUUAGGAAUGCCUUGUGGUUUGUUGUUUAAAGCUGCAAACAGAUGAAGGUUGCAAGGAAUGAGUCUGGUUCUUUCUAGCUAGACGUGCAGGAGAAACUAAUUCCAAUCUUAAACUUCCGAAUGGAUGUGACUGUAAGUUAUGCUGCCAGUUCCUCUCUUCAUAUUAUUAUGCCUAGCACAAAACUGCACUUAGGUGUCACCUACUAUCACUGUGCCCUGACUCUGCCUUAAACUGUCAGUUGAAAAAGCGUUCUGUAAAUACAUGAUGCCAUUACUAAAUCACAUUGUCAAAUUUGGCAGACUUGUUCUGUCUGAUGCUGGGGUCUCAGCACAGGGAAACCCAAGUUAUUUUUAUGGAAUGAUCUUUAUGUUCUGCUGAGCUGUGUAAAUAAAUCCUCUUCCAUCAAUGU